AUGCGUUUCUUCGUCAUUGCUACUUCCAUGAUCGCAGCCACUUCGGCUUUCUUGUUCCCAUCUGCUGGAGGAGGCGGUGGAUGUGGAUGUGCUCCACCACCACCACCACCAUGCGGAGGAGGAUGCGGAGGAGGAGGCGGUGGAUAUGCUGCCCCAGCUCCAGUCUACGCUGCUCCAGCUCCAUCUUACGCUGCUCCAGCCUACGGAGGACCAGUCGGAGGAGGAUCUUACGCUGUCGGAGGAAAAUAA